AUGUCGCUGUUCGGACAAACGAAGCCUCUGGGCUCGGGAGGGCUCUUUGGCUCGGCCCAGACGGCGCAGCCCGCCCAACAGACGCAGACAUCCGGCAACGUCUUUGGCCAGACUCUGGGUGCAGGCCAACAGGCGCCGGCGCUCGGAGGCUCGCUGCUCGCCCAGCAGCAGCAGACACAGCAGGUGCCCGCGCUGUCGCAGUCACAAGCCCAGCUGUCGAGCUCUCUAUGGCAGCCCGGCCAGGAGACGCCGCACCAGAAGCCGAUCCUGGAGCAGAUGAAGCUCGUGACGGAGAAAUGGGACCCUGCCAGCGCGAGCUGCGUCUUCAAGCACUACUUCUACAACAAGGUCGACGAGGCGCACAUCCCCUUCUACAAGCCCCAGCCGCACGAGGACCCUCGGGAAUGGGAGGAGGCGCUGCAGAGCAAGCCCGCGCCGGGCUUUAUGCCCGUGCUGUGCGCGGGCUACACGGGCGUGGCGGACCGGCUCAAGACGCAGAAGCGCGCCAUCUCCGAGUUCAACACGCGGCUGCACCAGAUCAACGGCUGCCUGGAUGCGCUGCUGCAGCGGCAUGAGCUGGAGACGGAGACGCGGGCGCUGGCGGCCAGGAGGCGGCAGACGAUGAUCUCCAACCGAUGCCUGGCACUGGCCGCCAAGGUGCAGAUCCUGAGGAACAGGGGCUACGCGCUCAGCGGCGACGAGGACGAUCUGAAGAGCAGGCUGCAGGCGCUGGAGCGCGACGUGCAGGACCCGGCCGUGGGCGCGCGGGAGGAGGAGCUGUGGAGCAGGCUGAUUGUUCUCAGGGAGUACUCUGAGCGGCUGAACAAGGAGAUGGAGAAGCCGGCUGGAGCUGAGAGCGAGGGGCUGGACGAGGAGACACAGGCGAAAGCGAAGCGGGUACUGGAAGAUUACGAGAAGCAGCUCCAGCAUCUGAAAAAGGAGCUCGAGGCGCUGAAUGCGGACUACCAGGAGUGGGAAAAGAGCAGAAACUCGACGUCACGGUCCCGAUAA